AUGUUGGCACAGAGACCCUCAUUCCGGUUCCUAGCCACCGGCGUCCUGGGAUCUCUCUUCAUUCUUACAUUCCUCUUCAUUGGCAUUCAUCGAUCUGGAGGCCCCGCUCUUUACUUCCCGAAGUCAUCUCAAUCACAUACCCAAUUACGGUGUCCGUCACCAGAUACAACACCAAGCAAUGGAACAUGGGAGUUUCUCGUGGAGCGCGACGGACAGAAUCAUGGAUUAUCGGAAGAACAAUGCAAUAUCGCAUUCCCAAAAUUAUUCGUUGAAAUUGAUAAAUCUGCUGCAUUGAAGCAAGACAACCGUAUCUCCUAUAAGGAGCUUGAUUCUCGGGAUGUGGAAGAUGGUAUGGUGCGGGUGAUCAUCGACCAAGGCGAGUUGUACGUUGUCGAUUAUGCCGCAAUGCCGGUCACCGCAACCCGAGCACGUUCCACAUUAAACUCGCUACACCGCGCCCUGAAAGCAUACCCAAACCGCUACCAUCUUCCAAGCAUUGAAUUCGUACUCACAACAGAAGACUUUGCCGAAGACCCUUCCGGUCCGGGCCCAGUCUGGGCGUACUCAAAAAGAGAUGGAGACAAUUCGGUCUGGUUAAUGCCCGACUUCGGAUACUGGGCCUGGCCGGAGGUGCAAAUCGGGCCAUAUCAGGAAGUCAGAAGGCGCAUCGCAGCAAUCGAUGACGGUGAAAUACUUCCAGAUGGCACAGUAUCUCCUGGAUUAGCUUUCCAAGAUAAAAAGAAGCAGCUUGUUUGGCGCGGAAGCUUGGCGACUAAUCCCGGGGUGCGUAGCAAGCUACUCAAAUCUGCUGCAGGCAGUAGCUGGGCUAGUGUUCGAGUAAUCGACUGGGAUGAUGAGAAUGAUCUUCGAUUUAACUUGCUUGCGAUUGAGGAUCACUGUCGCUACAUGUUUGUUGCACAUACCGAGGGUCGCAGUUUCUCGGGUCGUGGCAAGUAUUUACUUAAUUGUCGCUCUGUUAUGAUUUCGCAUCAACUGGAGUGGCGAGAAGCGCAUCAUGGCGCUCUGGUCUCAUCCGGCGUUGAUGCAAACUACAUCGAAGUCAAGAAGGAUUUUAGUGAUUUAUCGAGCAAGAUUGAUUUCUUGAUUGAUAAUCCGAAAGUCGCAGAGCAGGUCGCUAAUAAUGCGGUGCGCACGUUCCGCGAUCGUUAUUUGACACCUGCUGCUGAAUCGUGUUAUUGGCGACAUUUGGUGAGACAGUAUGCAGCUGUCAGUGAUUUUGAGCCCGUUCUAUUCUCGAAGGAUCGAGAUGGGAAGAAGUCAGCUCGUGGUGUUCCCUACGAGACGUGGUUACUUAUGCAUUGA